AUGGACGCCUUCAAGUUGCUGACAAGGGCAACCAAGCUGAAGGGUGGCGCCGCCCCAUCAUCAGCGCAGAGCUCAACCCGUCUCCCGUCUACGGGCAAGGCGGCGAACCCGCAGCUCUUCCGUAGCUCGGAGGCUGACAAGGUUCUGGAAGAAGCGAGUCAUGGGAGAAAAAGGAAGAGAGUGUCUGCUCCGGAGGCAGCUGAGUCCGAUGAUGACGGCGCGGAGUUGAACUUUUUCGGCUCGAGUAAGGCUCGGCGGUCUAGUGCUUCGAUGGCGAAGGAGCAGGAGAAGGAACAGGAGCAGCAAGAGCACCGGGAUGAUGCUGAUGCUGUUGAUGAGAUGGAUGAGGUGCAGUGUCGUACGGUGCUGAAUGCGCAUAAAAUCAAAGUCACGGAUAUGCGUGACUUGGAGGAAAUCCAGCCUGUGCGUGUUGAGACUGAGGAACCGAAGAAGAAAAAGAAGAAGAGGAAGCAGCAGGAGGAGUCGACGCCUGCACUUACUAAAAAGGAGCAGAAAAAGGCUCGCAGAGUAUAUCCUCAGCCGCUUGUUUCGUUCAAGGAGUUGCGCACCCGGUACAAGAUUUCUAGCCGGCUUGCCGAGAACAUCGCCGAGCAGGGAUUUACUGUUCCCACAGAAGUUCAGCUGGGUACUCUGCCGCUGCUGCUGAGGGGUUUCAAACCGUCCGAGAAUCCGAAAGAUGCUGAGAGCAUUGAACCGGACCUGUUGGUUGUGGCGCCAACCGGCAGUGGAAAGACUCUUUCUUUCUUGAUUCCUGUGAUCAACAAGAUAGUCCGCCACCACCAUGAACACGAGGAGGAGCGUGGCAUCUUUUCCGUUGUCGUUGCACCCACAAAAGAACUUGCGAGUCAGAUCGUGAACGAGGGAAGGAAGCUGGUCCAUGGGACUGGGGUGAAGAUUACACUAAUGAAAAAGGGCAUGCGAGUGGUGGAUCGUGAGGAUGACGACGAUGAGAAGAGCCACAGCGAAGAUAGCGAAGAAGGUUCGGAGUCCGAACAGGACCAAUCAUCCACUGCAAAGAAAAGGAAAGGAAAAGCCCCUGUUACCAAGAGCGAUAUUCUCGUCACUACUCCGUUACUUUUGGUCAAUGCGCUCUCAGCCAAUCGAACGAAACCUAUGGCUACUCUACCUCUGGUUAGAAAUAUUGUUCUUGACGAAGCAGAUGUCCUGCUUGACGAGCUCUUCCGCGAUCAGACCCUCGACAUCUGGCGCGCCUGCACGCACCCCGAGCUCCGAGCAAGUCUGUGGUCAGCUACCAUGGGAUCCAACAUUGAAGAUCUCGCCAAGAGCACUAUCAAGGAGCGGAAACAGGCCUACGAUCAGACAAAGUCAUACCCUUUGCUUCGUCUUGUCGUAGGGUUGAAGGACUCCGCCAUUCCUAACAUUGAGCACAAGCUGGUCUAUGCCGCCACUGAACAAGGGAAACUCCUCGGCCUACGACAACUCCUACAUCCGGCAGCGGCCUCAGCGUCUGAUGUCCGCCUCCGCCCACCCUUCCUGAUUUUCACUCAGACCAUCCCCAGAGCUAUUGCCCUGCAUUCUGAACUGCGAUAUGAUAUUCCCGCUGAGGCCGGCGGCUCAUCACGAAUCGCAGUCCUUCACUCUGAUCUUUCAGACGGUCAGCGCUCCGAGAUCAUGAAGAAUUUCCGCAAAGGUGAAAUCUGGAUCCUCGUGACGACCGAUCUGUUGGCGCGCGGUGUGGACUUCCGGGGCAUCAACGGAGUUGUCAACUACGACAUUCCCAACUCCGCUGCAGUCUACGUCCACCGAGUUGGGCGAACUGGCCGCGCUGGCCGCGAGGGUGGCAUUGCAGUGACUUACUACACCAAGGAGGAUAUCCCGUACGUCAAGAGCAUUGCCAACAUCAUCGAUGUCAGCGAGAAGCUGCGUGGCAAGGACGGAGAAAAAUCGAUCCAGAAGUGGUUGUUGGAUGCCUUGCCGGACUUGAGCAAGAAGGACAAGAAGGAGCUGAAGAAACAUGGUGUCAAGGCCCGACAAUCCAACCUCAAGAGCGUCAAAGACGACAAGGAGCACCGGAGGACGAGAAUUAGUACCAAGAGCGGAUUUGAUCGACGGAUGGAGAACAAGAAGAAGGCCCUCAUCGCAGCCAGCCGCAACAGAAAAUCCAAAACGCAGUCUACGGACCCUGGCAGCGACGACGAGAGCUGGGAUGGCCUCGACGGCUAG